GCACCGGGGCCUCCGCCAUGGCGACCGUGCUGUCUAGAGCGCUCAAGCUGCCGGGGAAGAAGAGCCCGGACCUGGGGGAGUAUGACCCCCUCACGCAGGCCGACAGCGACGAGAGUGAAGAUGACCUCGUGCUUAACCUGCAGCAGAAGAACGGGGGGGUCAAAAAUGGCCAGAGUCCCCUGGGAGAAGCCCCGGAGCCCGACUCGGACGCCGAGCCCGCAGGGUCUGCCAAGCCGCAUCUCUCAGAGGUCACCACGGAGGGCUACCCCUUGGAGCCUCUGGGGGGCCUGGAGCAGAAGGCGGCGUCUUCCAUGGCAUCCUAUGUGCGCACGUCGGUCUUUCUGCUGAUGCUGGUGGUCUCCACCGUCCUGGUGCUCGUGUGUGCCUUCCUGAUCCCCUGUCCCCCUCGGGACCUGCACAGCACGUGGAGCCGCCGCUUGGGCCCCCAGGGAGGAGGGGACCUGAGUCCACUGGAACUGGCUGAUGUGAAUGGAGAUGGCCUGCGUGACGUGCUGCUCUCCUUCGUGACACUGAGGAACGGGAGCACAGCCGGUGUCUCCAGGCCACCCGCUCUCCUUGUGUGCCUUUCGGGGAUGAAUGGCAGCACACUGUGGUCAAGUCCCCUCCCCGAGGAGGCCCGAGAUGUUACCUGUUUGGAUCUGAUGCCGGGGAGCGGGGCUGGAACCGUCUGCCUUGUGACAGGGACGCACAAGAUGCUCAGUGCAUUCAACGGGACGUCAGGGAAAGCCAUUUGGACCUUAAACCCAAACUACUUAUCCAACGGGACCCUGGCUGCGCCAGGUGUGAUGCUGCCGGACCUGGAUGAAGAUGGCGUUAGAGAUCUCGUGGUUCUGGCCAUUGGGGAGGUGCAACCAGAUCUGUGCUUUCUGCUGGUGUCUGGCCGGACCGGGAGUCCCGUGGGCCGGCCUGUGAAGUACAGCAUCGUUGGAGUGGGGAACCUGAUCGGCCCUCAGGUGUACAUCACCGCGAGCGGGGCUAUCUACAUCCUGUUUGGCUUUGGGAAUAUCCAGGCUGUCGCCCUGCGGGACAUAUUUGUUCAGGCCCAGAAUCGAGACAGCUCACCACCUUCCCUGCAGAUAGAAGAGCCCGAGUGGGAGAAGCGAAGAUCCAUCAACCUGUCUGAGCUCAUUGAUAUUUACAGCGAUGGGGUCGAGCUCCUGCAGAUGGUGAAGGCAGCGGAUUCCAACUGCAGCAACCUCCUGAUCACGACCAGACAAGGCCUCGUCCUGCUGCGGGGACAGAACCUCACCCCGUCCUGGACCUUGAGCCUUCAGGGCCUGCGCAGUCAGCCUACACCUGGGUAUUUCACGGAUGAUGAGACAUUAGACUUCCUUCUGCAGAUACCAAGUGGAACUGGGAUGAAAAAGGUGAUGGUGGUGGAUGGGGACUCUGGGCUGGUCACUUGGAGUUACAGUGUCCCCUGUCGCAUGCGAGAAACCCCAACCACCUCAGCGGCCACUGUGGACCAGAAGUCUGUCUUCCUUUUCUGGGCUGAAGGGCUGUCAGCUCCAUCUCCCAGUUCGGAUGUCACCCUAGGAACCGAGGCCCCUGGCCUUCACCACCUUUACCUCCUGCACCCGGCCUUCCCCUCGAUUCUUCUGGAUCUGGCCAAUGCCACGGGGACCGUGACGGCUUCAGAGGUUGGGAUCAACGACCUCUGGAAAGAUGCCUUUUAUGUUACCAGGACAACAGGGCCCAGCUCCGAAGGCCACCCGGCGCCCCUGGUGGUCAGCAAGCUUAGUCUGCGGUGGGCGCUGAUGGAGGGCCAAGUGGUCCAGCUAAAGGAGACCACCCCCAAAAUUGGCCGCGGGGAGCUGCGGAGAUUCCUCUCUAGGAUAAAGUUCGUUGAUUCUCCCUACCAGAUGUAGUCUGACAGACUCUUCAGUUUCAGAAGAUGUGAACUCUCCAGCUGGGGUUCACUCAGCUCCUUGGAGAGGAAGACUUGUCACCCGACUCCACCACCUCCGUGUGACUGUCGCCAAGCACUUUGGAAGGACUCGCAGCUCUUGGGUAACAGCACGGUCCGUUCGGCUGGGGCAUCUCACCUGCCUUUCCAGUCCCUGUGUUAACCCCCUCUAGGCACUGUGUGUGGAGAGUUUGGAAAUGUGAAUUGUACUGUGGAUUUUUUUUUUUUUUGUAAGUUUUAAUUUAUAAACCCUUUCUGGGAAACUCUGGUGAGGUUC